ACGUUGGACCAACGUCUGGAGAAAGCAAAGUCGUGAGCUCGGUUUCAAUCAACUCCUUUUCACAGUCGCAACUAUUCAUUUCUCCCCAGAACACUUUGUCUUUUCCUCGGCUCACUUGUCGCGUCGCGAUGCGGUCCGCGGGAACAGGGCCCGUUUGAUGAAAUGGCGAUACCUCUCCACCACUCACGAGCCUCAGAAGCAGUUCACCAGCAAAACUACUGAAACCGCCAAACAUCCAGCGAGCCUAACCGCCACUACUCCUACCACGAGGCUACAAGUGUCUAGACCUUCAUCAUGCGGCACGUCCACGUUUUUCUACAAGCAAUUUCGAACUGCUCAACUGGGCGAAUUUUCCGGGACCAUUCGAAGUUUGCGACUACGUCCUCACAAGUGCUGUAACAUUGCAAGGCUUUUGUCCCUAAUCUGCUUUCGACGACCAAUGGUAUGUGUAUACGGCGAGCCAGUAGGUCAUGCAAUCUCUCCGACAGGAUCUCCCUCUGCCAAGUGCAGCCGACCCAAGUGUGUCGUUCGUCCUUAGCCAGGGGGCAUAUGAGCAUGCACAUAUUCAUUGCGAAAAAGAUGCGCAUGGCUAUAAGUAUAUCAAAUAAUCCCGGCUUUGAUGUCUGUACGACGACACAUCUCAACCUUUUGUACAUACAACAUCAUGUCCCUCAAGUCACUGUUCGUUUCUAUUCCGUUCCUUUGGCGCUGUGCUACCGCACUACCAGCAGGACCUGGUUCAUGGCCUAAUGGAACCU